UUCAAGAACAGCCGCGCCGGUCGGAAAGCAGCAGAAACGCAGCGGCUUUCGCGCUGGACGCACGUCGACUAUCGCGCUGUCAUUCGAAUUUUGAAUUUUAAAGUGAUUUUUUUUUAUUUGGUUUUUGCUGCCAGGUCGUCGGACAAGCAGCCAUGCAGAACUUCAUAAGGUCAACCACAUUGCUGCUAGUUGUAGCUGCGACAUGCGCCGCUCCAGCCUCGCCAGUCGAGAACUUGACCUUAGACAAUAAGGACCCAACCACACACGAGCUCCUCAGCUCGUUGGGGCUCAAGAAGUUACGGAUACCCGCAGCGCAUCACAGGAAACGGCUCGCGGAACAAGGCAGGCGGCACGCGUCCGGUGAUUCGAGAAUGUUCGUUAUCAAACUGCCUCCGAAUACAAGUUACUACAGCCACGCGGAGCCAGCUCCAGCAGUCGCUAGAACCCUACCGCUACAGAUGACCAGCAACGGUAAACCCGCGCGAGUAUAUCACUGGAAUCUUCCAGUACUAAGUAAACUCGCCAAAAACCGCCCCCAAGCGAGAUUCGACGACGACGUGGUCAACGUUGAAAGCACACCGACGUGGCCGAAGAUCAAACAUCCGAACUCUAUCGACGCCCUCUCAUAUUACGUACCAGCGAAGAAAUCGUCUUUCAGGAAAUACUAUUCGGGUAACGGCAAACCUAAGUCUUUCUAUAUCAUCGAAAAAGACAAAAAGACCGCCGAAUAUCACAGACUACUGCCAUAAUCUGUAAUAUAUAUAUAUUUUUUAGUUAACAUUAUAUGCAAUAUUGUGGAAA